AUGGCAGGAUUCCCUUCUUAUCUUGGUGAUUUACCACAGCGGGUGGACUUUGUCGUCGCCACCACACAAGCCAGCACAUUUGCUACUUGGCCGACCCUGAUACCGGCGAUCCCACCGUGCCGAUCACCCUGGAGGAGUAAGGAGAAGACUGGUGGACAUGACCCCUUCUUCAUUGAGGAGGGCACCCCUUUCACCGACGAGCGGGUGCAGGCUAUGUAUAACGUGGACUUUGCCGUGGGGAUCAAGAUGCAGAUCGGGCUGCCCCCGGGAAUCGACCCCAAGACCUUGUCCGUGGUGGAGCUGGGCGAGAGCGCCAUUUCGGUCAGAUUCAACCUAUACUGUGCCCAGUUGACCGUGGUCGAAUUGACUGUCGGACGCCACAACACGGGCAAGUGGAAUGUCUGGAGCCAGUCGUCCGGGCAGCCGUGGACCAUCCAGACGACAGUCGAUCUCGUCGUCGCCGACCUGGAUGACAGACUCGAUACCCCCUACUUCAAGCAGCCCAACCACCAUGUCGAACGGGAUCGGCUGCGGAACGCCCUGACGAACCUGUCCGGGACGGCGUUCAGUCUGCAGCAGCUCAUGUUCGAUCUGGACAACACCAGCCUCGUCUUCCUAGACAAGUACUGGGCCAGUGCCCACAGCCAUGGUCUGCCGCUGGUCUCCGUCAAUGUGGUCUCUCAACCAGAGGAGGAGUCCCCCAUGCAUAUCGCCGCCUUUGAACGCGUCGUCACCCCGGUGAAGAACUACGAUGGCAGCUGA